AUGCGCGUAGCACCUUUCUCCCUCCUUCCUCUCGCUCUUGCGGCACCGGCGGCCAUCUCCAGGCAAGCCGAGAAGCCCAUAUAUUGGCUGCUGGCCGGCGACUCAACAACAGCAACCAACGGCGGAUGGGGUGACGAGUUUCUUUCCAAAACUGUUGCGGCCGGCUCAUCAGGGCACAACUACGGGCACAGCGGCGCGACAACGCGAUCCUUCCGUGCCGGCGGCGAUUGGGCCAGCGUCACCAAGGACAUGGGCACAUACAAGGAGGAUUACAACGUCUACGUGACGAUUCAGUUCGGCCACAAUGACCAAAAGCCCACCUCUGGAGUCUCCCUAACAGACUACCGCAACAACCUCGCGACCUUUGCUUCCGAAGUCGAGCAAGCAGGCGCCACGCCCAUCCUCGUAACUCCCCUAACGCGGCGCACGUUCAACACCACAACAAAACGCGUCAUCGAGAAUUUGUCCAACGAAACCGCCAUCACAUUAGAUGUAGCCCAGUCCAACGACUUGCACGUCAUCGAUCUAAACAAGGCGUCGACCGCCUACGUGAACGCGAUUGGUCAGAAAGGAGCGGAUACCUACAACUGGGGUGAGAAUGGCACAACCGGGACGGAUCGGACGCAUCUGAACCCAUGGGGUGAGGUCGUGUUUGCGCGCAUGGUCAGCGAUUUAUUGGUGGCCAAGUACGAGGAUGAAUUUGGGGCAUACACAGUCGCGAAUGAGACGUUGAGUGGGCUGAUUAGAGACGGCAAGGUGGCAUAG